AAUCGUACAAAUCGUUCCGAAAUGGAAUUGUAUCAACUUUUGUAUAGUUUCGUUAGUAAAACCAAUGCGUUUGCUUUAACAACCGUGAAAUACGAUGCUGAUAUAGCUACUUCGGGAUACCGUUUAUAUUAAUACUGAUAACAGGAAUACUGGAGGGGACAAUGCAGUUGUUUCUGUUGCACGAAAAUCUAUUGGAACCCAAACGAAACAGAGAUUUCAUUUUGUACAUGACUGGCAACAUCAUCUGGACAGUGGCUGAGUUUGCUAUACUAGUUUCCGCAAUAGCUAUUACCGGUCAAGUUUCCGAUCAGGCAAACGAGACGGCCCUUUGUACACGGUAUUUUGACGACUACACCAUGAAGAACACCAAGGUUGCGAAGCAGAUUAACAAAUUUCUACUGAAGAAUCUACAUCAGAAGAAAAAGUUUUCGGCUUAUGGAUUUUUCGAUAUCGACAACAGUGUCAUUUAUACAGUGUUUAGUUCCAUCGUUACCUAUCUCGUGAUUUUAAUUCAAUUCAAACAACUAGAGAAUGAUUUGACGCGUGGCAACCCACAAAACAAAACUGCAAACUAGAUCACAAAGAAUACUCGACCACUGAUAAAUAAAUAGACUUUUGAGUACUGAACAACGGGAAUAAUUUUUUUCAAGCACAGUAUUCAAAGUUCUUUACUCUUUAAAAAUCCUGUUUCUGUAAUGUAACUUGAAACUUAUAAUUAUUGAUAUUUUAUAGAAUAUAUUCUACGUAGAUUGCGAACAAAAUAAAAUAGAAUCUCACACUAGUUUUACACCAUGAUGAAUUUUAGGUAUUUGAAAAUUCAUGAAAUAUUCGCAGUAAACUAUUGUAACCUAUUAU